CCUCCGAUUACCGAGCACCUCACAUCUCUAUCCUCCCUCUCGCCCGUCGCAGUCCCUCGUUAUUUCCUUCUUUCUUUCAACUUCUUGCAACCAUCUGCCUUGCCUCCUGGUCCUCCCUAAUUCCUCCACACACACCCGUCCGUUACACCCAGAGUACUCCCAACUAAUCAACAUGGUGGGCUUAUAACCGGGCGCCUGGUUGCCAGGCCUCCGCAUCCCCUCCUGCCUCUCUGCGCCUCCUUACCUUGAAAGAUAUACAAUGCCCUUUAGCACUGUGCCUCGCAAGCUGAAAAGAGCGGCCAGAAUUAUUCUCGUCGGGGCUCCAGGAGUGGGAAAAGGAACACAGUCAGAAAGACUUAUAAAAAGGUUUCCACAACUGUGUUCGAUCGCGACAGGAGAUCUCCUGCGCGAGAAUGUCAAGAAUAAAACUAAUCUAGGAGUGCAAGCGGAGAGCUAUAUGAAGGAUGGCGGUCUCGUGCCCGAUCCUCUGAUCCUUAACCUCAUCCUCACCGAACUGACCUCGAGGAAAUGGCUGGAGACAUCGGACACAAACGACAACAUUAUCGCAGCUCUCGGACGCGGCAACGGGUCAGCCUCAUCCGUGGUCAAGGCGUCCAACGCACCCGAAACGUCCUUCAUCCUCGACGGCUUUCCUCGCACCGCCACCCAAGCGCAGGCCUUGUCAUACCUCCUACCUAUAAAUCUGGUCUUCCAGCUGGUCACUCCGGUUGACAUUGUUCUAUCUCGAAUGGCAAAUCGAUGGAUUCAUAUGGCGUCCGGGAGAGUGUACAAUGUGGGGUUCAAUGAUCCAAAGGUGCAGGGAUUAGACGAUAUCACGGGAGAAGCCUUAAUACAAAGGGAAGAUGACAGUGAAGCGACAUGGAGGAAGCGGCUGGCCAAGUUUGACCAGACCAGUCAGAGUCUGCUCAACUUUUAUCGACAGCAGAACGCGAAUCUGGUGGUCACAGUGACUGGAAACAGCAGCGACGAGAUCUCACCUCAACUGUUUGCAGAGGUAGAGAACAGAUUUGGUAUAUAGAGUUCAAUUGUACCCUCGACUGUGA